AUGCCUCGCAAGCGCAUACUUCGCAGCGAUCUCUUCAACCAAGAGCAGCUCGUAUCGAUGGAUGCGCUUGAGUCUGCGUUGCAAGAACUACAAAGUCUCCUCACAAAGGAUAAUUUCAAGCAUGUUUUUCAAGACCUGAUCGACAACGAGAGCCCUCGUAUUCUCCUCCUUGUCCUGUCGUCCCUGAGUGAGACUACGUCGUUGAUGAUCACGUCGUGGUUGCUGGAGUCGUUUCCCUCCAGCCCUGCCGAAUACGAUGCGAGUGUCCACUACGUGACUUUAUCUUGUCUCUCUUCAGAGUUUCGUUCCUGCUCUUUCAUUGAAGAUAAAGAAUUAUGUGCCCGAUACUACCAGAUGACUCAGAUCACGCCCAGGGUUUUGAGCUAUCUCAUCUCCUUCCUCCGCCCCAAGGGCAACGCAAAACAGUCUCAAAGGAAUUUUCAACAAGCCAGGCCCGACGACAACACUACAAUUUUGGUCAAAAGGUACUUCAAUGUCCUGAAUGCCGAUAUGCCUGAAACGUCGGGCGAAGCAUCUGUCCUCGUGGAUCAUGUUUUGCAAAGUCAAAAGGAUACUCUCAAGUUCUAUCUAGAGUUGCUGCGUCGUCCUGGGAUAUCCAUACCACUCAAGGAACGUUGUAUCACUUCUACGUCCCCCAUAAAGGAGGAAAACAAGAAUCCAUCUGGGUCUGUGGUCCCUUCUGCGUUUCCGAUCGUCCAACCGAUGAAGUCGGCGUUAUACUUUGAUACUGCCGAGGACUUUGGAGAUUGGACGGUCAUCAUAUCCACGAAUGCUGACAAUUUUUUGCGGACCGCCCACAAGAAAGAUCUCUUCACGUUUAACAUCACUGUCAAGAAGAUCAAGGAGCUUUCUUGCGGUUACUUUACCGAUAACAAUCAAAAACGUUUGAGUGGAAGCGCGACUGAGGUUCCUGUCUUCGAGGCUAAAAUCGCUCGCAACCUCAGAGUCAUCUAUCAAAUCAAUGUAAUCCCAGGUGAUGAUGGAGAGCAGCAAGCGAUCAAAAUAUUCGGUAUCUAUACUCAUGCUCAAAUCGACAAUCGGCUCUGGAGUUCUAUUAGCGCUCAGCUUCGUAAAAAGGGAAAGGAAUACCGGAAGAGAUGCGUAGCUAGGAAACGGGCAGAUCAGGCCUCGAAGGAUACUUUUAUCCCAGCGUUCUUUCCCCCGCUACCUGAAGUAUCGCCUUCGGAUAUCGAAAGUCUACCGGAUCUACGUCCUGAAGAAACGGCCCAGGUUCAUUCAAGACUUGUGGUUGAGAAAUACGUCACAUUUUUGCAGCCAUUUUUGAAUACCAUCUUAGCAGAUGUGGAUGCUAUUUUUCCUCACAUGGUUUCCGUUCAAGAGAAAUGUAUUAUAGAGCAUCCGAAGUCUUGCUACGUCAUCGGCCGCAGUGGCACGGGAAAAACAACUACUAUGUUAUUCAAGAUGUUGCUCAUUGAGCGGACGUUUCAACUCAUGGAGUCAGGUUUACCCCGUCCUCGUCAAGUCUUCAUCACGAAGUCUAGAAUGCUCGCUAAGAAAGUGAAGGAAUACUUUGAGAAGUUGGCCAGCUCCUUGGCAAUGGCAUCACAAUCCUCUGCUGACCCUACGAACCUACCGAGAGCUCCCCAGUACCAAGAUGAUCUAGGGCUGAUUGACGAAGAUGAUGAUGUAGAUUGGGGGACUGAUUUACCAGCCAAGUACAGUGAACUCGAGGAGAGGCAUUUCCCAUUAUUUAUCACAUUUGAUGGCCUUUGCGACAUGUUGGAGGCUGACAUGAGUACUCAAACGUUGACCGACACGAGACGUACUGGCAUCAAGCGCCAGAUGGGUGUCAUUACUUUUGAAUCCUUUUGCGAGUCCUACUGGUCUCAUUUCCCUGAACCGUUGAUUAAAGGAUUAGAUCCCGCCUUGGUAUUCAGCGAAAUUAUAGGUAACAUAUUCAUAUAUCUUGUGUUAAAAGGGAUUGACCCGAGUCUCCGUUCAGGCGUCAUCGAAGGUUCGGCAGAGACACUGAGCGAAGAGAAGCAUCACCUUAACAAAGACGCAUACCUUGAUCUCAGUAAACGCCGACAGUCUACAUUUGCUGACCAGAGGUGCGAGGUGUACAGACUCUUUGAGUUGUAUAUGCGCAAGAAGAAGUUGCGGGGAGAGUAUGACACCGGUGAUCGAACCCAUGGCAUCUUGAAGCAUUUCACGGAAAACGGAAUCCCGGGCAAAGGACUUGAUCAUUUAUAUGUCGACGAAGUACAGGAUAACAUGCUCAUUGACACUAUGAUUUUGAGGGCACUAUGUAGCAAUGCGGAUGGUCUUUUCUGGGCAGGUGACACUGCACAGACCAUCUCCGUUGGAAGUUCUUUCUGCUUCAACGCUUUGAAGGCAUUUCAGUGGAAUAUUGAGGACCAGUACCGGAGGAAGCACAGACCAGGAGUUAGAUGCAAGCAGCCACCCGAGAUGUUUCAACUUACUGUCAACUAUAGGUCUCAUGCAGGCAUUGUUGAUUGCGCACAUUCUAUCAUUGAACUUAUCACGACCUUUUGGGAGGAUUCCAUUGAUCGUCUUUCUCCAGAGAUGGGCAUUAUAGACGGGGUCAAACCUAUCUUUUUCAACAACGAAGAUCGUGCCCAGUUGGAUCAGUUCAUUUUUCAUGAUGGCGGUGAUCCCAUCGAGUUUGGUGCCCAGCAAUGUAUCAUUGUUAGGAAUGAAAUGGCAAGAGAGAGACUCCAACAGAAAGUCGGUGAAAUUGGUCUUGUGCUUACCGUAUAUGAAAGCAAAGGACUUGAAUUUAAUGAUGUCCUGCUCUACAACUUCUUCGCCGAUUCACCCGCUGGUCUUGCGCAGUGGCGUGUCGUGCUGAAUGCCAUCGAGGAGAGCAAGCAGGACCCUGGGAAUCCUCCCCCUCGAUUCGAUCAUAUUCGUCAUGCCAGCAUUUGUAACGAACUAAAAUCGCUGUACGUUGCAAUCACAAGAGCACGUGAAAAUAUCUGGAUCGCAGAUGGAUCUGAGAAAGGGGAGCCCAUGAGAAUUUUUUGGACGAACAAAGAUUUGAUUAACAAUUAUACUCGGGGAUCUGAUGCUCCUCGUCUUGCAUCUUCAUCAACACCCGAAGAAUGGGCUGCAGAAGGACGUGAACUAUUCAACGCGAAGCGCUUCUUGCAGGCGAAGCAUUGUUAUAUCAAAGCCGGCCUCCCUCUCCUAGCAUCCAUUGCAGAUGCCUAUGAAAUGCGGGCAAAGGCUCGUAGAGUCAUGGGUACAUCGACGCAAAAAGUCCUCGAACGACGUUCUUACUUCGCAGAGGCGGCAAAACUGUUCUUUGAAUGUGCUAAGGGCACUAAGGUCAGCACGAACCCGAAAGAUUCCAUGACUUAUCUCAGGAUCAGUGGCGAAUGCUUCGAACAAGCUGACAAGAAGCAUCGAGCUGCCCAAGUAUUCCUCCGUGCUCAAGAAUACACCCAUGCCGCGGAGUUGUACAUAGACAUUGGCAGGUUUGACGAUGCGGUGGCAGUUAUGAAGGGCCAUAAAGAUGAAAUGUCGUUGAAGGUUGUGAAAGAUGUCAUCAAGCUUGCUCGACUGGCAUACUUUUCUAACGGCCAGAUGAAAAAAGCGCACGACCUAUUUGAUACAUUUGAAGAAGAAGUAGAGUAUCUGGAAGAAAGGGAUCUCGAUGUUGCUCUUGCCGACUUACUGGAGACAAAGGGAAAGGUCUGCGAAGCUGCUGAAUUGCAUUACUCCAAGGGUCGCAAGCAACAAGCCAUUGUGCUUUUCCUUUGCCAAGCCCAAAACAAAAAUGCUUUGCAUCGAGCUCAAGAAUGCGUUCUCGAAGAGCUUUGGUACAGAAUAUCUUUUGGCGUUGACCCAAAUGCUAUAAGAUCAGAUCCCACUGUCAAGCGGCUGAUGCUGUUUGCUUCGCGGCUUGAUGUGGCUUCUAUGGAACGUACUAAAGCUGCUGAACUGUCUAUGUUUAAGGCUAUCAUCAAUGAUCCCAUAUCUCGGCUACAUGCACUAGGGUUGAAUUUCUACAACAUAGGCAAUAGUACCGCAGCGCUGCUCUGCCUAGAUCAAUAUUUUUCUCAGGCCUGUCGAAUUCGUGACUUAGUUCUUGUUGACGCAGUCGAGAAACUCAGCCUCUUUGAUACCUACGUCGGCCUCCUUUCUACCACAGCGUUCCGAACAGACCCUUCUCGCGAUGCAACAACUGCGGCAUUGUUCGGUUUUCGGCGAAACACAACGAACGAAUUUCUUGUGCCCCCGAACACUUGGUUGUACUCAGCGGCCCUUAAACUUCGACCUAAGAACAUGCUUAGGGAUUCCUCCAAUCUCAGGCUGUCAGUACCUGAACUACGUAUGUUGUUUCGACAAGCUCUUCAAAUUCAUCUCAAAAGAAUGAUUGCCGCUGAAAAUGACGAAUGCGGGAGAAGCAAAGCAUUCACGCUUUGCCUAGAAUUCGCUGUAUCUGGGAUUUGCAUGCGCCCUGAAUGUCCGGAAGCCCAUGUACCACCUUCGGAGAUUGAUCCCAGUUACUACAACAUGCGCAUCCGCUUGCACCUACAACAAAUCCUGAUCUUGCAGUUGCUUACGGCGUUUAAAGAGAAUGAUCGCGAUGAAUCGGAAAACAGAGAAAUCACCAAGUUCUGGCUCAGCCGUCUCUGCGACGCUCUUCAUCCUCCUGAUCGUGUGUUUGGGUCCAUUUCCGAUCUCGCGCUUUCUACAAUUCCCGAGGCUCCAAAAGCACUGGAUGUUGUAAGAGAUUGGAUACAAAUCCUUGUCUAUGGCCGAGAGUAUCUACCCCCGAUACAGCUCUCCCCCGAUGUGAUGCGGACAGCUCUCUUGGCCCUCAUGUUUGACCGAAGUCAAGCAGGUCAUCUCAGAAACACCCCAUACUCCAGCGCAAAACACCCUCCAUCUAUGUACAUCCGCCGUAGAAAUGGUUUUGUUCUUCAUAAUCUUCUAAGCUCAAUGUCGGGAGAUCAAACAUGGUCUCUUACUGCUGGUUGUCUAUUCGUCGAGCGCAUCAUAAAGCAAAGAUUCCAUAUCAACAUAGGUGUCGUGUGCGACUUUCUGGAUCUUCUUUGCAGUUCUGCCAUUCUUUUCGGUGUUCGCCUGGAAACGCCAUUACUACAUAAUAUGAUUGUCCCUCGUAACUGGCUCUUAUGCUUUGUGAGCUACCAUUCAUCACCGUACGUCAAUGAAGAGAUGCAGACAAAUUAUUAUCGAACCCUUUUGGAACCUAUGCGGGAUCUUCUGGAACAAUUGUGUGUCGGUCGAGGCUGUGAGCAUCUCCUGUACCAUGGGACUUCCGAAAAUCUUUCAAAUCUGCCAUACAAAGUUCGCUGUGUUUUCGUCGCAAGAAUAUUCAACGCUAUCGGUCUAUUGGGCUACAACAUUCACGACGAAUCUCUUCGCAGCGAUAUUCAGAAGUUGAUGCUAUCGUUGCGCCAAGAAGAUCGCUUGUUUUCUCAUCUUUAUGGUCGAUACAUCGAUGCUGCCAGUCGUUCAUGGGAUGAACUUGUGGAGGUCAUUUGUCACUCAAUUGAAUACGAUGCCAAGGACGAAACGAUACAGCUCGUUCACCAGAGCAGGACUCCAGAAAAAAAGCCUACCUCGCUACAAGUCCGUCAGCUUGUUUACCGCGACUUCACGGAUAUCCAAGCGCAGCUUGCUCUCACCAAGUCUGCAUCUACCCCGGCCACCUCGCCACAUAAGAUUCAUGAGCAAAAAGAGCCCGAUGGAGAUGCAAGUAAAGCGAAGGGAACGGAAGAUACCCAAGAAGCUAAAGCCGUCGAGGAGGCUGCCGGCGAAGGUGUUGAAGUUGUCGACACUAUUCCGACGCAAGAUAUGACAACCCCGGAUCCUACAGAACGAGAGAUCGCCGCCGCGUCCUUGAUUCAGCGAGCAUACAGGAAAGUCCUCCGUUGUCGACGAGGUGUUGCCGAGAGAGGGACAGCAGGCCUUCGUGCCCAGAUAUACGCCUCAUGCACUGAAGAAGUAUCUCGGCUUGGUGAUAAACCAGGGCUAUAUCUUCGCUUGUUUCUGGGUCCACUGCCGCACAUUUUAGUCUGUUUGGAGAUAGUCUGUAUCGAUACACACAAGCACAAGACGAAGACGAAAAGCAGACUUAGUAAAAAGUGCACAUCUGAUGAGUAUGGUGCACUCGGUGACCUGUUAACAAAGACCACCAAGGCGAACCAGACUGCGAUCAAGCUACAAAAGCUUCUCAGCCCAAAGUCUACCUUCCACGGGCGUUGCGAUGUCAAGGAACUGAAGAGACAAAUAGAAGAGGUCAACUGCCUAGUUUCUUCUCUUCCUUUCGACGCAUCAUUGGACUUAUCCAAUGAUCUGCAUCUCGCGGGGAUCGUAACUGGUAGUGAACGUUCAUCAGCACACACACGCAAGAACUUGAAGCCGAAGCUCAAUACCACUGGUUUGUAA